AUGAUUUAUAAUGAUCAAACAAUUAAUCUUCAUAAUUUUGGUAUAACUAAUAUUGAAUCAGAUACAUUUAUUCAUAAUCAUAGAUUAAUUCAAACAAUAAUUCUUUCAUCAAAUUCACUUUCUUAUCUUCCAAAUCAUCUUUUUAAACCAUUUAGUAAAACUUUACUUAAUCUUAAUUUACAAAAUAAUCAAUUUUUAUCUCUAACAAAUAAUUAUUUUUUACGUCAUCUUGAACAAUUACGUACACUUGAUUUAAGUAAAAAUUCUAUCAAAGAAAUUUAUAUACAAGAUUUUCUUGGUCUGAAACAUUUAGAUACAUUAAUAUUACGUGAUAAUAAAAUAACUUAUUUAUCAUAUGCUACGUUUACUUAUUGUCAAAAAAUAACAACACUUGAUUUAUCAGAUAAUAAAAUAUCUAUGAUGGAUUUCAAUGCAUUUUAUUUAUUAAAAAACUUAAAGAUUCUUUUAUUAAAUAAUAAUCCAUUAGGACAACGUUCAAUGACAAAUUCUUUAAUGAAACCAUUAAAAAAUCUUCAAUAUCUUGAUCUUGAAAAUACUCAAUUAGAAAAUCUACCUCCAUUUCUAUUUCAAACAAAUCAUCGAUUACAAUCAAUUAAAUUACGACGAAAUAAUUUUCAAACAAUAUUUAAUAAAUCUUCAAAUUAUAGUUUAAAACGUACGUUUUGUGGUGCUCGUUCUUUAGUUGAAAUUGAUCUUGUUAGUACAAAUAUUCGUUCACUUGAUGUUUGUACAUAUUAUCGAAUUUCAUCAUUACGUCGUCUUUAUUUAAUGAAUAAUCCACUUCAUUGUACAUGUGAUUUAUUUUAUUUAAAAUAUGGAGAUAUUUAUCGUCUUUUAUCAAAUAAUAAAAAUGAAAUUGAUAAUGAACAAUAUGCUAAUAUUGAUAUAUAUCUUAAUCGUUGGGUAUCAAAACUUGAACUUCGUCGACAUUUAGAAAAAGCACAUGAACGUGGUGAUUUUUAUCGUUUUCCAAUUGAACUAUCAUCAUUUGCUCGAUGUGCGACACCAAAAAAAUGGCAUAAAUAUGAAAUAAAUAAUAUAACAGGAAUAUAUAAACAAUGUCGACAUCGAUGGUUAGCUAUUGAACAUGACUGUCAAAAUUAUUGUCAAGUACAAAAUCAUAAGGAAAUAUCGUUAACAACCAUUCGUUCGAUUUCAUCCAGAUUUAUUCAUUGUGAUUAUUCAUCUUAUUCGAUCAUUAAUUUUUCUUUAUUGUUAAUUUGGUUUUUCUAUCACCGGUGA